CUUUCUCCCGCGACAUUAAACUCCGUUAACCGGGUUAAAGAUUAAGUAAAACGACAGCGUCUUAGAGGAGGAACAUAAGGAAUUAGAGUACGUGUCCUGGUCAGACCCGGACCACAAGGACCGGAUCAGACCGUUAAACAAAAAUCUUUUCAUGUUCACAUCAGAGGAACAACAAAGUUCCUGCUGUUAGCGGCUAGCUUUGUUAGCAUCGCUCCGUUAGCUGCAGGGUAUUUAAACUCGAUUUAAAAUCUUUGUUUGGUUCGGUUUCGACACCGCGGACCCGGACCCGGAGUUAACGGUCGAUAGACAUCUAAAGAAAACGGGUUUAUGUCUGACACGAUGAGUAAAGGCAGUUGUGUACUGUUAGCCGGCUGCUACACAGUCUUUACCGAAGCUAACGGUAACCGGAGCUAACUAACCAGACUCACAGAAUCAGACUUACCGGGUUUUAUCGGUGUGAACAGUCGGCCAUAAUACAAGUGGGUGUAAAGGACGGAGCGGAGACACGGGACAUUACCGUCACCGUUUAUGACCGCUAUCACAGCUCCCAGGUCGAGGGUCAGCCCCAGAGUUCAUCAUGUUGUUUCCAUGACGACAACCCUGCUGUCUCAGUGGACCCCUCUGGGACCAAGUUCAGUUUGGACUCCUCCUGUGAUGCACUUCUGUUUCUUUCCCCUGAUUGGUCACCUGUCACCUCUCUGUCAGCAUGCAGCUGACCUAUCAGAAGCUACCGGCUCAGCUGAGGCGGAGCUCCAGACUCAGGAAGCUGAUGGCCGUGCUGCUUGCCGCCUAUGCCGUCAAAAAAAUGUCCCCGUAUGUCUGGAGGAGGAUACAGAGGAGUGCAGAAGGUAAACAGCUGGGUGAAACUAACCUCCCUGUGGGUGUGGCCACCACCUCCAGCUCUGUGGGAAACAGCACAGAGAAGAAGAAGAAGCAGAAAAGUGACAGCAGGUCUCCAUCAGUGAACAAGGAGUUUGUCCUCAGACUGUCUCGUCUGUUGAAGCUCUUGUUUCCACGGUUACUGUGUCCAGAGGUCGGUCUGUUGGUUUUACACUCUGUCACUCUGAUGUCCAGGACCUUCCUAUCCAUCUACGUCGCUGCUCUGGAUGGAUUGAUAGUUAAGACUAUAGUUCAGAAGGAUCCUCGGGCCUUCGUGCUGCAGCUCUCUAAGUGGCUACUCAUCGCAGUUCCUGCAACGUUCAUCAACAGCACCAUCAGGUUCCUGGAAGGUCAGCUGGCCCUCAGCUUCAGGAGCCGAUUGGUCAACCAUGCCUACCAGCUGUACUUCACCAACCAGACUUAUUACCGGGUCAGUAACAUGGAUGCUCGUCUGUCCAAUCCCGAUCAGUCUCUCACUGAGGACAUCGUCAUGUUUUCAGCCUCCGUUGCUCAUCUCUACUCCAACCUGACCAAACCCAUCCUGGACGUGGUUGUCACCUGCUACACCCUGCUGCGCACCGCCCACUCUAAAGGAGCAAACACCACAUGGCCGUCUGUUAUUGCCGGCCUGGUGGUGGCACUCACCGCCAAAGUCCUGCGCUCCUGCUCGCCUCGAUUUGGGAAACUGGUGUCCGAGGAGGCGAAGAGGAAAGGAGACCUGAGAUACAUGCACUCACGCAUCAUCGCCAACUCUGAGGAGAUCGCGUUCUAUGGAGGACACAAGGUGGAGAUGGCCCAGCUGCAGAGGAGCUACAUGUCUCUGUCGUCUCAGAUCCAUCAGAUCCUGUUAAAGCGACUCUGGUACGUCAUGUUGGAACAGUUCCUCAUGAAGUACGUGUGGAGUGCCUCCGGCCUGGUGAUGGUCGCUGUGCCCAUCAUCACCGCCACAGGAUACUCCAAAUAUGAUUCUGAGGAGGUGAAGCAGGCGGCUAUGGUGAUGAAGGAAGAGGAGUUGGUGAGUGAGAGGACGCAGGCCUUCACCACGGCCAGAAACCUCCUCAACGCUGGAGCAGACGCUGUGGAGAGGAUCAUGAGCUCAUACAAGGAGGUGACAGAGCUGGCAGGUUACACAGCUCGUGUCUCUGAGAUGUUGGAUGUGUUUGAAGAUGUGAAUCAGGGAAUCUACCGCCGCUCUGCAGACAGAGAGGAGGAGGAGUCACCAGCAGGAGGCGCAGCUGUGGUUCAGCACGGUCAGAGAGUCUGUGGUCGACUGCAGAUCAGAGGUCAGGUGAUCAGUGUGGAGAAGGGGAUUCGCUGUGAGAACCUGCCAAUCAUCACACCGACUGGAGACGUGGUGGUGUCCAGCCUUAACAUCAAGAUGGAUGAGGGAAUGAAUGUGUUGAUCACAGGUCCAAACGGCUGUGGGAAGAGUUCUCUGUUCAGGAUCCUCAGUGGACUGUGGCCUGUUUAUGGAGGAGUCCUGUACCGUCCAGAACCACAGCACAUGUUCUACAUCCCUCAGAGGCCCUACAUGUCAGAGGGGACCCUCAGGGACCAGGUGAUCUAUCCAGAUUCGGUGGAGGAGAUGGUUCAGAGGGGGAUCACUGAUUCAAAUCUGGAAGAGAUCCUCCGGACCGUCCACCUGGUGUACAUCCUGGACCGUGAGGGAGGCUGGGAGUCUGUCAGUGACUGGAAAGACGUUCUUUCUGGAGGAGAGAAGCAGAGAAUGGGGAUGGCUCGUAUGUUCUACCACCGCCCUCGGUACGCUCUGCUGGAUGAGUGUACGAGCGCCGUCAGCAUCGAUGUGGAGGGAAACAUCUUUCAGGCUGCAAAGGAUGCUGGGAUAGCUCUGCUUUCAAUCACACACAGACCCUCUCUGUGGAAGUACCACUCUCACCUGCUUCAGUUUGAUGGAGAAGGAGGAUGGAGGUUUGAACCUCUGGAUGCCUCCACUCGUCUCUCUCUGCAGGAGGAGAAGCAGCGUCUGGAGAACCAGCUGUCUGGGAUUCCUAAGAUGCAGCAGAGACUGGCAGAGCUGUGUGUCCUGCUCGGGGAGAGAGAGGGGGAGGAGGAGGAGUGAACAGAUGAAGAGGAGCCGCUCUCCUGAGUUUAAACUGGGAUAGAAGAAAUGUGCUGCUUUUACUGGUUACCAUGGAAACACACACAGCGGGUCGAUCAUGUGACUGAAACUGAUGUUAAACUUAAAUAUGAUGUGAAACCCUGUUUUAUCCUACUGGACUGGGCUGGGCUGGGCUGGGCUGGACUGGUCCGGUCUCUUCUGGUCGGGUCUGGUCUACAGGAUUUGCUCUCUGCAGUCAGGCCCCAGAUAAACAUCUAUAAAUCCUCCCAGAAAUCACAUUAUAACAUUAUGCUGCAAUUCACCCCCCCUACCCCCAUCAUGCCCAGAGGUCCCUCUUUGAGGUCAUGUGAUUUUUAAUUGUGCCAUUUUUAAUCUUUUACUGUUUAUACAAUCAAAUGUUUUUACAGAGAAACUGUUAUAUAUUAUAAUUAUUAUACUCAAUCAGCUGAUCAAUCAAUCAAUAAACUGCUGCUGAGGAGUUUAAAUGAUAAUGUUCAGAUGAACUUUAUUUAGUACAAAAUUAUAAUAACCUUUAUGUGUGUCAAGCUUUUCAAAAUAAAGUCACAAAUAAUUUAGACAAAACAAAGAAGUUUGAACAUAAAGAAUAAAAUGAGUACACAGAAACCUGUUGUUUUUAAAGUUCCUGCUUCUUAUUCUCAUCUGGUCUCUUCACACUUUAAAACU